GUCACUCGACUGGAUAUGAUCUAAUUGACAUUUUCCAAAAAUUAUUACCGGUUGGAAUAUUCCACGACUUUUUAUUUUGAUUAAAAUUAUGAAUUUUCUUUCGAAGAUACGGCCAGUUAUUCGUGUCAAUAGAACGUUAGAGUUUAUACCAGCAGCAAUAGGAUUAUCUAAAUUUAGAUUCGUUCGAUUCUAUGCCACAGAAAAAGAAAAGGGGUUAACUCAAAGUCAAGAGAGAGCUGAUGUAUCAACAGAUGUACGACCACUAGGAGAGAAAAUAAAAGAGACAACCAAAACUGUUUCUUAUACUGGCAUUAUUAUAAUCGGCGUCGGAGUAACUGGAGUUAUAUUUUAUUAUGUAUUCCGGGAAUUAUUCUCAAGUAAUAGUCCAAAUAGCAUUUAUUCAGUAGCUCUGGAGAAGUGUAAAAAAGAUCCUAGGAUAGAAGAAGCACUUGGUUCUCCUAUUAAGGGUUAUGGAGAGGAAACUACAAGAAGACGAAGAACACAUGUCAGUCAUGCUGUAUAUGAGAAGGAGGGUGUCAAGCAUAUGAGGAUGCGGUUCUACAUAAAGGGAAUAAGGAACAAGGGAAUUGUUGAGUUAGAUAUGAAACAGAAUGAAUAUGGAAAUUAUCUUUGUCGAUAUCUAUUGGUUCAACUUGAUGAUUACAGUGGAAAAACCUUUGUUAUUGAAGACAAUCGUGCAGAGUUAGAUCAUUCAAAAUCAGAAUUUGGAAGUGUUCUACCCACAUUAAAUCUUACACAAUAAUAUUAAGGUUUGCUGAAGUGUAGAUAAAAUGUAUAUUAUUUAAGCUUUACAUAUUAUGUAAAUAAAAUAAAUCAAUUAAUGUGCC